UACUACCAAUUCUGGAAACACCAAUAAUUCUAGAGACACUAAUGAUCCUAAAGAUAUUAACAAUCCUAAAGAUACUAAUGUUUCUGAAAACACUACUAAUUCUGAAGAUUCUGAUAUUGUUAUUAGGCCAAUUACUUCUGGCACUAGUUUUUCUUCAUAG